UUGAGUCUGGCUAAGUACUGAAUUGAUUGUCUGGUCGUUAGUGCGUUGCAUAGUGAAUUUCCAGUCUGGGAUUGUCUUCCUUUAUCGAAAGACUCCUGCCACAGAGUAUCAUUUCGCUCCAGCUGUUAUUUUGUGAAAUUGUUACAGGUUUUUGUCGCAUUCGGAGGUAAUUUGGUCGGGCUGUUAUCCAAAGGAGGCUUGCAGAAACUAUUUGCUGGGAUGCCGCCAUGAUACUAAGGUAGACUCUUUUCAUGGUUGUCUGCCGAUUCACUCGCUUGGAACUCCAACUUAUUGCUAAUGUGUAAGUGUAACUAACAGCAGCCAAAAUGGAUUCACUAGACGACUUCGACCCGUCCAAAAUGGACGAUUAUAACGACGAUGAUGAUGGAAUACAGGACAAGUCUUCCCAUGGUAGACUUCGAAAGAGAAAAGCCAAUCAGUCCUUCAUGAUCAAAGAGGAAGACUCGGAUGAUGAUGAUCUCGAAAAGGGUGAUCAAAAAAUGCCCAGAACGUCGGACGAGUCUAACAAAGAGAAGUUUGCAAGGGAGAACCAUAGUGAGAUUGAGAGGCGAAGAAGGAAUAAAAUGAAUGCUUAUAUAAACGAGUUAUCUGAUAUGGUACCAUCGUGUAAUGGAUUGGCUCGCAAACCAGAUAAACUCACUGUGCUUCGAAUGGCUGUGAACUAUAUGAAAUCUCUCAGAGGACCAGGCCAAGGUCCUAGUGAUGUAUCAUACAAGCCUUCAUUUCUCUCAGAUCAAGAACUUAAGCACCUUAUAUUAGAGGCAGCAGAUGGUUUCUUGUUUGUUGUGAAUUGCCGCACUGGAACUGUGGUGUAUGUUUCAGACUCUAUAACUCCAGUCCUUAACCAACCUCAGAGUGCUUGGAUGAAUCAGGAAAUUUUUGACCUUGUCCAUCCUGAUGAUACAGAGAAAAUAAAAGACCAGUUAUCUGCUACAGAGUCCCCUGAUGCAGGAAGGGUCCUUGACUUGAAGACUGGAAGUGUGAAAAAGGACAGCCAUGGAGCUCUGUCAAGAAUGUAUUCCAACUCAAGAAGAAACUUCAUUUGUCGCAUGAGAUGUGGAAAAGAAGAGAGUGAGAAUGUUGCAAGGGGGAAGGACAAUCGUUUAAAGCUACAAGAUGAUGAAUAUGCCAUUGUGCACUGCACUGGUUAUAUUAAGUCUUUUGGAGGCAGCACUGCUGUAUGUGCACCAGGAGAUGCAGAUGCCUCAGAGAACAGCUGUUUGGUAACUAUUGGAAAACUUCAGCCUACAAGUAUGCCACAGAGUUCUGACUUGUUGGAUUCCCCACCUGUGACAGAAUUUAUCUCUAGGCACAGCUUGGAUGGCAAAUUUACUUUUGUUGACCAGAGAGUUUCAGAUGUGCUAGGGUACAAACCCCAAGAACUUUUGAAUGAAGUGUGUUAUGACUUUUUCCAUCCUGAUGACCUGGAACAUAUGAUGGAAAGUUAUCAACAAGUAAUGAAACUGAAGGGACAAACACUUUCUGUGAGGUAUAGAUUCCGUGCCAAGGAUGGCAGCUGGGUGUGGCUACGAACAAGCUGUCACAGUUUUCAGAAUCCUUACACUGAUGAAGCAGAAUACAUUGUUUGCACUAACUGCCGUGGUCAACCUGGCAGUAUGCAGCCUGUCACCCUAAACCUGUCCAGCCCAACUAUAAACUCCACUCGCAGUGGGCCACUGACCGGCAGUACAGAUUAUUCUGACAUAUCUCCUCGCACAGACCUAACAAGCCCUGACUCUGGAGUGUCCAUGUAUCAGAGACACGCCCAGCUUGCUCCAGUGCGAGAUGAUGCCAUUCAUCUUUAUACACAAGGAGGUGCAGUCCCAAAAGCAUCCCAACGUUUGGAAGGUGGCUUGGAAGCUCUUUCUAAGGCCAGUGAGCUUACUGACAAGAGAGGUAAUGUUUCACCUAACACUCCGACUGCUCAAGUACCCAAGAAAUCUGACGGCUCAAUGGUUAUUCCAGUAACUAGUGCAACAACACAGAGACUUCCACCAGGAAUUAUUCAACAUGCCAUGGAACAUGGCACUGUUGACUUGGACAGUGCUGAGUUUUCUGCUGGCCAAGCUGGCAGUCUGCUUGCAGCCAUGGUUCAGCGGAGAAAUGCCAUUGCUGCAGUUUCUCCAGGCCAAACACAGCAGGGUGGGUACCCUCUCAUUUCCCAGAUGAAUGGCAACAUGGCCACUAUUAUGAGACCUGGAAAUAUGGGAGGACAACAAAGAGCCAUGGGUCCAAUGUCACCAAUGGAGAUUAUGAGAGCACAAAUUCCACGCAACAUGGCUGACAUGAAUUCCCCUGGAAUGAUGGUUUAUGGCAGUGCCACAACAACUCGGAAUGGUCAAACCCCUGGCAAGAACACAGUUGACACUGGCCAAAAGAGUGGGUAUCCACAGGUAAUGAAUGAUGGUGUAAGUGGAAGAGAUAUGAUGUCUGGAGCAUGGGCACACCAGAAUGUUAUGGUGAGACCUAUUAGAGAAGGUGAGAUGAAGCCAACAGCACCUGGAGGAAUGCCUCUUGCAUCACAGGUGGAUGCUGCCACACAACAAGGGAUGUAUACUGGAAUGAGACCACCUGGGGACCCAUCCAACUUGCGAGGCCCUACACAGGGAUAUCAUUACUACCAAUAACCCUAUAAAGCCCAGAAGUAGAAAAUAUACUCACUGAAACACAUGAAUCAGGACUUACUUUACUUUGUUUGUGCAGCAAAGUCAAAUCUGCCUAAAUGGAUUUGCCACUGACAUCUCUCAUGGUUGGUGAAAAUGCAGAAGGCUGAAUGUAUAUGUAUCACGGAAAAGAUCGAUAAUUUUCACUGGUGUUAUAUAACCAUUAUGGUAAUUAGCAAGAGGCAAAGAUUAUUUGCCAAAAAACUUUGAGAAUGAAGUCAUUACAGGGAUUGCAUCAAUAUGGAGACAGUGGGUAUCACCAGACUUAUCAUAUUUAACAAAGCUAACAAGCAACUAUGAUGUCCAAAAGAUCUGCAUAAGAAUUUCCUAAAACAUAUUUCACAACUGUAGACCUGUUGAAACUGUAGAAGUGUGUAAGUAACUUGUCUUUUUUAAAUAAUAGGAUUACCAUAAUUAUGGAAGAUUUUUAUCUAGUCCCUUUAUGCUCUCAUCUUCAUUUCACUGUUUAUUAUCUAACUUUCAUUUUAGAGAGAACCAACAAGUGCUAGACAAAUUAUUUUUUUGGACCCAUGGUAUCUACCAUUAAUAUUGUUUGUGAUAAAAAAAUAGUCUAGGUGUUUCGGCAACCUUGAAAUGUACAAGAGCUAUAUACUUACUUCCAUAUGCAUAAGCCUUUAAACUGUGCAUUGUUGUGGGAACCCUCACACUAGCUUGGUUAGUUCUGUUUUACACAACAUCUUCUCUUUUGAUACCAUAAUAUCCAACCUCAUUCUUGCAGGAACUUUUUAUCUUAAAGAUCUGUCACUGUACUCUCUAACAGGAUUAUUUUCUACCAGCAAAACAAUUAAACUGACAUUAAAUAGUUAAUAUAAAUGAUCUCCAAGCUAAAAGGAAACUUAUAUCAUAGGCUUAACAUGGGAUUGACAUGGACUGUUCACAAGAAAACCUUUGCAUUCAAUUGAAAGUGAACAUUUUUGUAUUGUCCGAGUACAUAUACUAAAGAGAUUUUUAUUGUUCAUAUCCUUUAAACAUGACACUGUCCUCUGUGAUCUUCCUGUGGUCUCUAGUUUACUUGUAGUAGCAGUGACUUUCACCUUGAGUGUUGUGGUUUUCAUACCUCCAAAAAUAACCACAAAGCAAGCUUACAUAGCUGGAGGUAUUGUUCUUUGUGUGUGAGGUCAAAAGACGUAUCUCCUGCAUUUUAAUAAAGGUUCGUGUUAAUUAUAUGCAAUCUGUGUUUAUCUCCACUCUCCUUAGCCAUGGCAUGAUACUUCCCCUUCUUACCAAACUAACACUUUAGAUUCAUGUGUUAUCUGCCCUAAUCUCUUCAAUCCUCAUCCUGAUUUGCUCUUUCUUGGUUAAUUAUUAAUCCUUUUGCUUUUUCCUGUCCCACCAAACUUGCAGUAUGCUUCAAGGUUUAGGGAAUGGUUUCACUGCCACUAACCUUGCCUUGCACAUCAGUAAGACUUCAGUGAAAUUGGCUGCUAUAGGAAAUCUAACUGUUGUGCAAACAAUCCUGCUAGCCAUGUAAUCUGUGACAAAAGGUCCAUGCGAGUUACAGAAAAAGAGGUAUCAAAGAGCUCCAGAUAGUUUGUAGUAUAUUUGUGGACAAAAGUAUUGGGUACAUAAUUACUGGUGCACAGAAAGACAUUUGACAAAAAAAAUUUUUUUUCAGAGAGACUUUGUUUUAUUAAAAGUAGGUGUAGCCUUAGAUACUGUUGUGGUAGUGUUGUAAUUAAUAAUAAAUCUUAUUCUGAGGUGUCUUCUGUU